AUGAUUCAAUUUUGCACGGGAAUAAUUUGUAGGUCUGUGCUAAACGCUGAAACAGUGCAUGGCGACACCCCUAGCAACGGUGUAAUGUCUCCACGGCAACAUCCUCGCAGCUUCUGCCCUCGCGUGCACCUCAGGAGCACCAGUAGCUACCAUGAACCCAGCAGACGAGAUGAAAACAGUAAGAAAUCCACAACCGCAAUAAUUACAGGGACGGUGCAUGAGCGCGCGCGCGCGCGCGUGUGUGUGUGUGCUCACGCUGGAAUGUUCAGACCGCAGAGAAGUAGAAGGAGACGAAGAAGAAGACCGAAUGGUUGGGAUGGGAGGACAGUAAAUGACAGCGUCUCGCGCGCACGCAGCCCACGCGUUUUAAACGCUCCUAUAAGCACGCGCAGGAGCCACCGGGCAGAGGCUUUACCGCGGAUAACCUUCCUGCACCCCUCGGACAGUGUCAUGGACCCUGCGGUGCUCAUCUUCCUGCUGUACCUGAUGAUAGCACACGACCUGGUAUGCGGACUGAUUCAGUACCGGGCGCAGGCGGCCAAACCGCACAAGAGAGCCGCUCUGACGUGGCGCUCCAGUGCCCGUAUCUGCCAUGGCCCGUGGAGAGUCAGCAGCACGUCUGUGAGGUCAGAUAGACUCAGAUGGAAGAAGACUUGCCGGAUAGUCAGGAAGGCAUGAAAUUAACGAGGAUGGAAACGGGCUCUAUAAUGAACUGUGUGUUAUCACAUUAAGCAUAUUUAAUUUAUACUAUGCCACACACUGCCUUUUACCAGACAAUGAUUGUAAUUGUUUUCGUUUAUUAACAGUGAAGUUUAGAUGUUUUUAAUAUAAACGCUCUCUGUAUGGUGUGUAUGAGUUGUUGUAUUUGGCAAGAGACUGAGGUGCUAUUUUUAUUCAUGUGAUGUUUCAAAAGGAUUUCUUCACUAGAUACUAGAUUGCUGUUGGAUGUUUCCGUACACAUAUGUGGUCCAUUUAAAGAAAAGUAGCAACUGUGUUUUUGCAAGUUGCUCUGGAUGAGAAUGUCGGCCAAAUGACUAAAUGUAGAUGUAAAUACAUGUGUUAUUUAUGUUAAAAAAUAACUAGUCUGUUGUAUUUCCCACUGAUAUUGAAUAUAUAUAUAUAUAUAUAUUUUUUAAAUGAAUAAA